AACAGAAAAGCUUUCCAGUGUUAAGAGACAUGUGCUUUCCUGGAGAUUUGGAGUCACAUGUUCCGGGAAUGGCUGGGUACACCACUCUGAUACAAUAUAAAGGCAACGUCAAUCACUUUCUCUCAUUUUUUAAUAGCUCCCUUCCAUGGUUCUCUUUCUCCCUCAUUUGAAACUUAAGAUUAAAGGAACUUUACCAAAUUUCAACUACAGUUUAAUCAGUUUAAGAUGGAUCUCCUCCAUAGCAAUGGGGUGCUUAUCAUCCAGCAUUUACAGAAGGAUUACAGGGCUUACCAGGACUUCCUUAAUUUCAUGUCACAUGUUGGUGAUCCCCGGAAUAUAUUCUCAAUUUAUUUUCCUCUUUGGUUUCAGCUCAAUCAAGUAGUUGGUACUAAAAUGAUAUGGGUGGCAGUCAUUGGUGAUUGGUUCAACCUCAUAUUUAAAUGGAUUUUAUUUGGUCACCGUCCAUACUGGUGGGUACAAGAAACAAUGAUUUAUCCCAAUCAGUCAAGCCCAUGCCUUGAACAGUUUCCUAUCACAUGUGAAACUGGGCCAGGAAGUCCAUCUGGGCAUGCGAUGGGAUCUUCUUGUGUCUGGUAUGUAAUGGUCACAGCAGCACUCAGCUACACGGUAGGAUGGAAAGAUAAAUCAGCAGUUACCCUUCACAGACUGACAUGGUCAUUCCUCUGGACUGUUUUUUGGAUUAUCCAGAUCAGUGUGUGUAUCUCAAGAGUAUUCAUAGCAACACAUUUCCCUCAUCAAGUUAUUCUUGGAGUAUUUGCUGGAAUGCUUGUGGCCGAAGCAUUUGAGCACACUCCUGCUAUACAGACAGCAAGCUUGAGAAUGUACAUCAAGAUAAACUUGUUUCUUUUCAUCUUUGCCCUUGGCUUUUAUCUAGUCCUCAGAUUUCUUGAUAUUGACUUGCUGUGGUCUGUUCCAAAGGCAAAGAAGUGGUGUGCCAACCCAGACUGGAUAAACAUUGACACAACUCCAUUUGCUGGACUCGUGAGAAAUUUAGGUGCACUCUUUGGCUUAGGCCUUGGUAUUAAUUCUGAAAUGUUCAUCACAAGCUGCAAAGGUAAAAAUAGCUGUAAGAAAAGUUUCCGGCUGCUGUGUGUAGCUGUUUCUUUAGCUACUCUGCAGCUGUAUAACUUCGUUAAGAUACCUACUCAUACUGAGUAUUUAUUCUACAUUCUUUCUUUUUGCAAGAGCGCAGCCAUACCACUUACUGUAGUUGCCUUGGUUCCAUACUGUGUCCACGUAUUCAUGAGGAAAACUGAAAAGAAGCUAAAUUAGAGAAAGUUUCCAAACGGUCGGCAAUCUGUGGAUGUCUGUGAACU